GGGCGCGGAAAAAAUAAAAAUUAUUGUUCGAGUGAACGACGCAUCUUCGUACUUUGGUUGUGGUCGCAUAAUCAUUUAUUCCCUUAUAUCCUAAUCACAUACGCACGCUCUACCGUCAAGAUGGUUCAAAAAGUCUAUGUCACGUACAAUGAUGUACACAAGCUCUGCCAGAACUCGGCUGAGCGCAUCCUGAGCGACUGCAAGCCCAAUCUCAUCAUCGCCAUCGGUGGUGGUGGCUACGUUCCUGCUCGUAUCCUUCGUUCUUUCCUCAAGAGACCCGGCAGCCCCAACAUUCCCAUCCAGGCCAUCGGUCUUUCCUUGUACGAGACACUAGGCACCGACACCCCCGAGGAGGUCCCCGGCACAAAGGUCACCCGCACACAAUGGUUGGAUCUGUCCGCCCUCGAGAUGGCCAACCUGAUCGGCAAGAACAUUCUCAUCGUCGACGAGGUCGAUGACACACGCACCACUCUCGAGUACGCCGUACGCGAGCUGCAAAAGGAUGUCGACAUUGCAACCGAGAAGCUCGGUCGCACCACCGAGAAGACGACCUUCUCCAUCUUCGUUCUGCACAACAAGGACAAGACCAAGAGAGGUUCUCUCCCCGAGGAGAUGGUCAAGCCCGAUCACUACGUCGCUGCCGUCACUCUUCCUGAUGUUUGGAUCUGCUAUCCUUGGGAAGCUUCGGACAUUGACGAGCACGAUCGCCUAGCCGCUGAGCAGGCCAAGUAACCAUAGACUUUCACGAACAACAAGACGGAUGGGAAAAGUAAUACGGCGUUUGGGUAGAGCCUGUCGAGUACAUGGAUCCAAUAUCUUCAAUCACGAUAUCAUUUGAAAUUCGUAUCAUCUGCAUCGAGUCCACGUUCGAGUUACAACUUGGGAAGGUUACAUAUUGUCGGGUCUUCAUGCUAGCGAUGAUCAAGCCACCAUAUCGGACCUCGCAUAACAGAGAAGGAGGCUCUGUGUGCGAUCUUAAAUCUGAGUCUCAUGGGUCCGUUCCUGUCCAUGUAAUCUUGCUGGUGGAGCGACCCUGGUUUACACUUGAAACACCGCCACCUUCGUAUCGAAAGCGAUGAGCCUACUC